AUGUCAUGCGAAUGGACGACUGGACGGGAAGGGACGGACUGGACAUUCUCGAUGUUCCCGCCAUCCAUGUUGGCGGCCGCCAGCAUCACCACUGCCAUCGAAGGGCUCACAAGACUCGAGAACAAUAAUCUCUGUUAUUCAAUACCUAUGAUUUUCCAAUUGCAUCAAAUCACUGGAAUAGAACUGUUUCCCACAUAUCCUCUAAAUUUGACAAAAGUGGCGCUCAGGCCGGCCAUGGCUUAUAUAUAA